CUUUGCUAGUACCUCUUCCCCUCGCUCGGCUUCCCGGGCUCCGGCUGCAGCGUCAGCCUUGUUCUAACUUCGGCGGCGGCAGCUCCUUGGCCUCAACUCCGGAGUCCCUCAACGCUUCUCCGCCCUAGUCUGCAGCAUCGCCCGCCCUUGGUCGCUCCGGCGCUGGCCUAGGCCGCAGCCCCGGGCUCGAGUCGGCGCCGCCCGCUCGCGGCCCGCCCCCUAUGGGCCCGGGCUAGAGGCGCCGCCGGCCUGCGGAGCCCCGAUGCUGGCCCGGAGGAAGCCGGUGCUGCCGGCGCUUACCAUCAACCCCGCCAUAGCCGAGGGCCCGUCUCCCACCAGCGAGGGCGCCUCCGAAACAAAUCUAGUGGACCUCCAAAAGAAGCUCGAGGAGCUAGAACUCGACGAGCAACAAAAGAAGCGACUAGAAGCCUUCCUCACCCAGAAGGCCAAGGUUGGCGAGCUCAAGGAUGAUGACUUUGAAAGGAUCUCAGAGCUGGGUGCGGGCAAUGGUGGGGUGGUCACCAAAGUCCAGCACAGACCUUCAGGCCUCAUCAUGGCCAGAAAGCUGAUCCACCUGGAGAUCAAGCCAGCCAUCCGGAACCAAAUCAUUCGAGAGCUGCAGGUUCUGCACGAGUGCAAUUCACCAUACAUCGUCGGCUUCUACGGGGCCUUCUACAGUGAUGGGGAGAUCAGCAUCUGCAUGGAGCACAUGGAUGGUGGCUCCCUGGACCAGGUGCUGAAAGAAGCCAAGAGGAUUCCUGAGGAGAUCCUGGGGAAAGUCAGCAUUGCAGUCCUCCGGGGCUUGGCGUACCUACGAGAAAAGCACCAGAUCAUGCACAGAGAUGUGAAACCCUCCAACAUCCUCGUCAACUCCAGAGGGGAGAUAAAGCUGUGUGAUUUCGGGGUGAGCGGGCAGCUCAUCGACUCCAUGGCCAACUCCUUUGUAGGAACUCGAUCCUACAUGUCUCCAGAGCGGUUGCAAGGCACACACUACUCGGUGCAGUCUGACAUCUGGAGCAUGGGCCUGUCGCUGGUGGAGCUGUCCAUUGGAAGGUACCCCAUCCCCCCACCCGACGCCAAGGAGCUGGAGGCCCUAUUUGGCCGGGCCGUGGCCGAUGGGCUGGAAGGAGAGGCCCACAGCAUCUCGCCUCGGCCGAGACCACCUGGGCGCCCUAUCAGUGCAGGUCCUGGGCUGGACAGUCGGCCAGCUAUGGCCAUCUUCGAGCUACUGGAUUACAUUGUGAAUGAGCCUCCUCCCAAGCUGCCCAACAGCGUGUUCACCCCAGACUUCCAGGAGUUUGUAAAUAAAUGCCUCAUCAAGAACCCUGCAGAGCGCGCAGACCUGAAGAUACUCAUGAACCACGCCUUCAUCAAACGGUCCGAGGUGGAAGAGGUGGAUUUUGCUGGCUGGUUGUGUAAAACGCUGCGGUUGAACCAGCCCAGUACACCCACACGCACAGCUGUGUGACAGUCUGGGCUUCCUCAUCCCACUGGUGACCUGUCCACCAUCCCAUCCUUGCCUCCCACCCCUUCCUGGCUUGCCCCUCCUCGGAGAGUGCCUGGCCAGGCAGACGCACUCAUGGGGAUGUGGAUUUUUCCUGCCUGACCUGGCCAGGGCACCUCCAGGCCCUGGGGAGGGGUGAUAUUGCUCAUGUUGUCUCAGAACCUGCUUACUUAGGUUGAAAAAUACAAAACAGGGAAAGAAAAAGC